UAAGAAAGUGCUUGCGAAGCUGAAAGCAGUCAUGUUUGUUACUACAGUUUAAUACAAUUUUUGUCGUCUUGCCACAGGGAAACAGACGCUAAAGGCUCAAAAUUGACAUGGUAGUGAUCAUUAAGAUGAAGGGUCUUCCUUGGGAGGCUACGGCCCGAGAAAUUAGGCAAUUUUACCGAGGGUUGGAAAUAAGCGAGGAUGAUAUUCAUUUAGCUCCAAGUCAAGAAGGGAAGGCAUCUGGAUUUGCAUUUGCAUGCUUCAAAAAGGAUGAUGAGGCGAGGAAGGCUAUGUACAGGAAUGGAAAUUACGUUGGAAAACGAUACAUAGAGCUCGUUCUAAGCAGCCAAUCGGAAAUGGAUAAGAUUUUGAGUGAGGGCGUACGAUUUCGCCGAUUUGAAGGAGAGCGACCGCCUAUGAAAGACAUCAAAUCCCAGACCGAAAUUAAAUUGAGGUCGAAUGGUGUGAAAGAGAGUUCAAGGAGUAGCCGAGAUACUCCUCGGCGAUCAAGGAGUCGAAGUCCAAUUCGAAAAAACAGUAGUGUUGAUGGUUCUAAAAGUCAGAGGGACCAUGGUGCUUCGAACCAUGUGAAUGAGCGACGCGAAGCCAAGAAGUUCAGUGAACGUAGUAGUUUGCGAAUCGUAAACGGGAGAGGUGUUAAUGGACUGUCAACAAAACGAGACGAACAAGACCGGAGGGGACGGGAUAAGGAAAAGAGGAGGGAUCUUGUCAAAAAUGUUAAUCGACGACGUUCACGAAGUUACAGCAGAGAUAGGGAGGGAAAGGGAACCCGACGUGAGACCUCUUUUGCCAAUGGAACGCGUGAAGAAACGAAUGGUUUUAUAAGUAUUCCCAUGAGCAGAUUAAAUCGAGGUCGCCAUGACUCAACCAGUCGGGAUGGUUUAAAAUCCACGUGGGUUCAUAUUACUUCUCUACCUUACAGUGUUACUGAAGAUGAAAUCGUCCAGUUUUUCUCAGGGCUGAAUGUGCUGCAUGUUCAUCUCAUGUCCCACGCAUCUGGACCAUAUGCUGGUAAAAAUAAUGGAGAGGCGUAUGUGGAGUUUAGGACAGUUGGAGACCGUAUUCAAGGAGAAGACAGAAACCGUCAGUUUAUAAAAAGUAGAUUUGUGGGUGUAAGACAAUGCAGUGUGGAAGAUGUGUUGGCUGCCUUGGAGAACAGAGAUGCUUGGACACUCCAGGAACCAGCUGUAGCUAGGCCCAGCUUCUCUCCGGAGAGUACAAUGUAUUCUGUUGGGAACUUGAACAGGAAGAGUCAAAAUCUUUCAGCUGCUGACAUGGGUAUGGCUAAUGUUGUAAUGAAUUCUCCAGGAAAGAUACCUGUUCCUACCAAUGAAGUUGGUGGCAUGGAGGGGCAAGUAAAUCCUCUGAACCAGCUUGCUGCAGGGGCAAAUAUAAGUAUGAAUGAUAUCCAAGCAGGUUGUGUGAUUGGUAUGCGUAAUUUGCCCUCCACUGUUUCUGCUGAGGAGAUUUUGGAUUUCUUUUAUGGGUUUCCAAUUAUUCCAGACUCCAUUCGUAUUCAUUACCUUGCUCCUGGGCGAUCAUCUGGGGAUGCCAUGGUUACAUUACCAACAAGAGGGGAGGCUCACAGUGCGAUUAAACAGCUGAACAACAAACCUGUUGGAAAGCGAAAAGUUCAACUAUUUUUGGUCUAAAAGAGAGGACGAUGUUUUGAAGGAUAUUUUAGGAGGGAUCAUGUACAGAUGUAUUUUCUUAAAUUUCUAACAUUUAGUAUAGUUUGUAAUUCAUAUAACACCUAGAGGGUUUUAAAAGCAGAAGUAGGAACAUUUUCUCUGGAUGCCUCUUAAUAUUGGUAUGACUUUAAAAGUUUGGGUAGUAUGAAAUAAUUUGAUGUUGGUCAUGAUAUGAAUAGUCAGUAUAUUGUACCUGAUUGGAAUAGCUUGUCUAGGAAAGUUUAUUUCUAUGGAAAAAAUCUUAUAUUAAUAUGAAAUUUUGGUUGAGGUAGUUUUGAUAUACUUUUUUUAUUUUUAAGUGAUAUAAAUAACCAAAAAUCAUUUUAUCAGCUAAAUCUUGUACAACGGAUCACUGGAACACAUUCUAAUGCAUCUGGUAGUGGUACACAAUUUGCAUGAUCAGGAUCAGGGGCUUGUUUGCUACUCAAGUUCAAAAUCUAUUGGCUUGAAAAUGAGCUUUGGGAGUUAUUACAUAUGAAGUUGGAUCAGACCUUACUCAGUCAAUUAUUUACCAAGUUCAAGUAAUCUGGAUUUUUUGGUAGUGUAUAGGGCAUGAAUGUUUUUGGCAGCACUCUCAUGGAAAGAGGAUUUAUUCAGGAACUCUUCAUUUUUGUAUUAUGUGAGUUAACAAUAUGUUUAUUGGGAACUGUAUUUUACUUGGACAUUUAUCCAAGUUUGGUCAGUAUUCUGCACAGUUUGGGUGGAAUUUUUACUCUGACAUGGGCAAGGGUUAGAGUUUUCUGGCUUUAUGUGGAGACAAAUUUUUUAGAAAGGCAAGCAAUCCACAUGGUUUCUCAAAAUGUUACUCCAUUUUUUAGGUUUGUGGAAAAGCAACCAGUUUAGGAGUUACGUGUUUGACCGUUUUGUAAUGACCUUUUUUGUAUCAAGGCGAAGUUUUUUAUUAAAAUUUCAACUAGCGACUGAAUGAUCUCUAGCCCGCUAGUAGUGAUGCAAAUCAAAUCUACUUCGAU